GCGGUUGGAAGGGCUUUAAAUUUUAAAUGCCCUCUACAAUGCACCGGGCAGGGUAGUGAACAAACAAGGGGGUGGUCUGUCACUGAAUAGGUUAGACGUUCACACACGGAAUAUAUUCGUUGUAUUUGAAUGCGUCUUGUAGUACAACCCCACCUGUAUCCGGAAUGCCAGCGCAGGACGCUGAUACGCACUGAUACGUAAAUACCACUGCGGAGUUUCCUCUCUCCUUCGAAGUCCCUCAAAAUGUCAAAAUCGCAGGGGAAGAUGGCGGAUCAAAGUGACAGGAGUCAGUUACCUCCCGGUUGGGAAUGCAGAUACGAUAUUCGAAGUGGACGACCGUACUUUGUCAAUCAUUUUACAAGAACGACAACAUGGGAAGAUCCAAGAGUGAGGUAUUGGCAGUAUGCUCGGUACGCCCAGGCACAUCCUUCUUCGACGCCGAGCUCCAUCACAGCCGUCCAUGGCCCAGAAUCCAUUCCACUACAGACGGGAGGAGGUGGAGGUGGAGUGCACUUAGUUUAUACAGGUUCACACAGAGCUCCACAAGUGUACCCUACUUCAUCGCCUUAUCGCAACCCACAGCCUGCAUUUUUGCCACCAGGCAUACAGGAUCUGAAGACUCCGUUGUCAACAAGGUCUACAAGUGCAAUGUUAAGCAACUUUGGAGGAAUGACAAUUGGAUCGCCCACACCCAUCAGGAAUAUGGAGACUGUCUUAACGGAUAGUUCAGAUGUUGAAAUACAAGUAGCCAAGAUUAGUGCCAUGUUUCCCACAGUCUCUGACACUCAUAUUCGCCUCUUGUUAAAGAAAUACCACAACAGAGCAGCUGUCGUCAUGAGUGCCCUCCAGGUUGAAAAGCAUCCAUUUUGUGAACCUGGGCCGUGUACACCCAUGGGCAUACAUUCUGCCUAUGCUAUUCCGAGAUGUCGACUACCAGCUUACGCCAUACACGCGGGUCUUACGUUGAGUCCGCCUAGGGGGGGCAGACCGGCCCCUCAUUCCCCAAAAAUGAAACUUAGGUACCUGAAGAAUGUGUUUCCCAAGGUGGAUGAGACAAUACUACUCGACAUACUGGAGCAGAGUGACAACAAUGUCCAAAAGGCAUCGGAGAAACUCAUCGAAUUGGGAUAUGAGAAAAGGAACCCGACAGCACCCAGCAGAACGCUGGCGAGGAAGAAAGAAGAGGAACAGGAGCAGGAUAGACAGGCAGCACCGACCCCCCCGCCGCGAAUGAAGAGUUUAGAGGAGAAAAACAAAAUGAAGGCUAGUUUGAUGGAAAAAUACAAGACAGUGCCAGAACGAGUCAUACUCCUAGCAAUGGACAGUGUUGAUUACGAUGAAGAGCGAGCUGUCCACAUUUUAGAUAUAAUGGUUGCCGAGGAGGCUAGUCGAACACCUCGGACAUCGAGUGGACAGAGCAGUAGGAGUGACGAACGUAAAGAGAGCCCUCCGAUCACAGAAGCUUUGAAGAUGACUGCUUCGCCAAUUAAAAAGGUUACCAUAGAGGUGGACACCGAGAAAUCCAAGCGAUCUAAGAGCAAAAGUGAAACUCCUAGAGUUUCUCGAGGAACCAGUACUACCGAAGACAAAGAGUACAAGUCUCCAUAUCUAAGCAAGCCAACCGGACCAAAUCCCGAUUUACAUAAAGGAGCGAACAAUGAUCUUCUUCUGCCCGAUUACGCGCCUUGGACAGGUCCGGAUCCCAACAUACUUUCAAAGUGGUCCUACGGAAAUACAACAGCAGUUGGUCACAAUCCGUCAUUGGUCACUGGUAGUCGCACUACCGCCAACGGCCCGAAUCCAGAAUUAAGGAAAGGGCCUCUACGAGGACUAGCUCAGGGCUCCAUUUACUCUCAGAGGAGUGCAGCUAACAUUGAAAGCCGUGGAAAAUGAAACACGUCCAACUGCAGCUUCCUUUAGUCCAACGGUCACACAGUAAUUAGGAAAGUAAAUUGCGUUGGCUGCAUUGCGUCCAUCAUUGGUUCCAUUUCUUCAAUUAACCGUAACCGCGAUCACGCGUUUCGCAUGAACGUAUGAUUUAUUCCACUGUCUCGUAACUAAGUUGCAUACAACGAUUAAUUACGAAUGCAGCUCGAUGUUGUCAAAGUAAGCUCUAAUGUUAACUCGUUGCCUCUGGAGUCUGAUAGUAUUUUGUUGAAGUAUUAACUCCACGACGAUAAGUGUUUAUUGUUAACCAAAGAUAAAGUGGGAGGAAUUAAAGAAUUUAGUUUAGGUUAGCGUUCACACGUGCAAACAGAAGUACAAAAAGUUUGCUUUAAUCCUCAGUUUACCAGAGGCAGGAGUACACUUUUAUUAAUUACCGUGUUCUUUAUUUUAGUACAAGUAGCUAUGGGAGUCUUGUUAAUUUCAUUUUGUUCCACAAAAAAAUCUUGGUUAUCGCUGGUGUAUCGUGACGAUAAGUAUUCAUCGUACUUAUUCAUAAAUGCAGCUCGGUGUCCUUUUUAUAGUUCUAUCGUCGACUUGUUGUUCUUAGAGUCUCUUUGUAUUUUAGAUUUGAAUCUUGUUACAUACUAACAACGGUGAUAAGAGUAUUAUGUUAAACCAAAGAUAAAGUGAGGGGAGUUUUUGAACGUACUUGAGGAUUAUAGUUUUACAAGAUUUAGAGGUUGGCUGUAAUUUUUUUUUGCGUUUAUGCUCAACUCCUCAAAGGCAGGUUGUAUUCGUCCGAUAGGAACUACAUAGGAACGAGAGAAAUUAAUUCCUGCAUGUCGCUCGCACGAUCUAUGUAAAUUUGGAACGGUGCAAGGAUUUUUCUCGUUGGUUAAAGAACAUGCUAGUAUUUAUGCUAAUUUUAGAGACAAGCUGAAAGUGACAGCUGUGUAUAGUUAAGUAUUCGUAUAGGGUGAAGUUCAAUGGCCCUUGCAGUCUUCAUUGAAAACUGCGUUAGUGGUUAGUUUAAUUUCUAUGUCUCCAACUGUCAUUCUUAAAAAAAAAAAAAAGAAAAACAAUUCAUAUGUCGCAAUAGGUAGAUAUAUAGAUUAUAUCUAUAUACCUACCACAAACUAACAGCUUAUAGUAGUUUUGUAGCAGUAGUUUUCUCCGGAAGGCAGAAGUUUCAGAAUUUUCUUUAAAGAAAAAAAAAAAAGAAACGGUGUAAAUCUGAUCGAGUAGCUUCCCGUGUUAUUGAUAUAACGUAUCUUUUUAUGUGACAGAUCGAUCUUACAUGUAGAAAUGUAAUCAAGUGGUCAACUCGUUUGUCAAAUGUUACGGAUAGCUGUUCCGGUUUGUUAAGUAACCGGAACAUAGGAUAGGAUGUUAUAGAUUCACAGUUGCAAUCACUUCAACACUAAGUUACACUCUGAAUGUGAUGUCAUGCAAUUUGGAAAAGUGCAAGUUAUCCACCGAUGACUCAAAGACAGUGCAAAGAGUUAGCCAUGGUUGACUCAGAGACUCCGGUAGAAAAGUAGGAUAUUUAAUAUUCAAAUGUGCCACGAUUUUAUCGAUGUAAAGAGGUAUUUUCAUAGCUUCUCCCAGAAAUCAUCCUGCCUUCACAAGUCUAUUGUGUGAAUACGAAAAUAAUGAUCGCGGGGCUGUGGCUGAGAAGUUUGUUGAGAGCUAUUUUUAUAGCUUUUUGACUCUUAAGGAGACAAGGGUGGACGAUAUAAUAUAUUUUCUCAAUAUUUUAAGUACCACCGUGUAUGUAAAGUAAAACUAUUAUUGAGUAAAACAUGAGCAAGCUCUUCGAUUUCACGUAGGAACGAGUGCGUUUCAACGAGUACUGGAAGCAAGCAGAGCGAUCAAUGUCAAAUGGUUGAAAUAACUUCUUACUUAAGAAACUUCCAUUAGAAGCGAAUUGUGUUCGUGUUGAAAGUCGUAAAUAGGUUAAAUUCGUCUUAAAAGUUAACUUUAAUUGGCAUUUGUAUGUUAACUUAUGUGCAAUAUAUCGUUCCUAGUAUUGUCUUAUGCAUUGUCGUGUCGUAAGUUCGUUCCUUUGUGUAAAAUUUGGUAUAGAGGUUGCUGAUUCGUAACAUCUGUGGUGUAUUGUGACUUUUAUGUGCACAGCAAACCAGUACUUAGGACAGCGCUCGACUCUCUUCGCAGUUUGCGACAGUUAUUUCCCUUAGCAUACUUAAAUUGUGGAAUGUAUGUUCAUAGAAAUAAAGCAACUAUUUUUAAUAGAUAUUAGUGAAUAAUAUUGACAUUUUGAAAGGGGAGAAUAUAUUUAGCUAUCUAUUAAAUUAUUUCCAAAUCAAGUUUUGAGUAGCCUCGACCAUUGAGGACAGCUUAAUUAAUCUGUGUACGAGUACGAGUGCCAAGGUAAUAUGCAUUCCUAGAAAGCUGUGCCAUUUAAACUAUAGUGGAAGUAGUUACAUGCAUACAUCUAAGAGCCCACAUUUGAUAGCAAUAAAUAAUAAUGACCGGACAAAGCAUAUUCUGUAUAAAAAGUGAAAAGAAAAAAAAUCGAUUUGUAUUCAACUGUACUUAUACAUAUCUGUGCAAUAAAGGCAUUCGUAACAGCAUAAAA